AUGGCCAAGGGAAAGCACAGACAUAUCACCUUCUCAGGGUGUUGGACCUGCAAGGCCCGAAAGGUUAAAUGUGACGAGAACCCACUAGGCUGCGCGACCUGCGCACGACUCGGACUAACCUGUGGUGGAUAUGAUAUUAAACUGCAGUGGAUCUCCUCAGACGCAGGUCGUCGACCCCACAGAAAUCUUUCUGCACGGAUAGGGAGGAGGCGCAUUGGUGCAGGCUGGACUGGUAUCCUUCAAUUCAAAACAGACGAAAUCGAUGAAUUUCUUUACAGAGUCAAUGAGGAGGCUGAGCGAGGGGUAUCGACAACACAUGGCCCUUUUUCAGUGUUCCCUGUAGAUCGCAACUGUAGCAACCAUGGGACAUCUCUCGUUUUCUCAUCUGAGCAGGCACUACCGCGGGAUUCAAAUGGUGCAGCUCCCUUAGUGAGCUACUCGAAAGGGACGGAAGGUUGUGAAUUAAACUCGGAUGGGUCGAACUAUCAGACUUCAUCGUCACCCUCGAAUCUCAGCGUUCUUCCGCGUGAUACUUUAUCAUCACCCUCAAGGAACACACCUACUGAAGAUGAUGAGCAUAGCGAGUCAUGUUGCCACUUGCACUUUAUUGACGAUAAUGAAGCAUUGAAGGCUGUUUCGUCAGAGGAUGAGAACAACGUGGAUACGGACAUUGUAUUAAAUGCCACAGUUCCGUUAUUACAGCAACCGCAACUGUUUCUGUCGAGCAACUACAAGGCUAACGAGCUCUUUCACCAUUAUGUCACAAAUGUUGCUGAGAUAUUGCUGCCAGUUUCGCACCCAGAAAAUCCCUACCGAUCAUUGUAUGCCCCCGCAGCACUCGAGGGCUCUUUGUACUUCCAGUCUGGCCCUUUCAAUGCAGCGCCGAAUAUUGGGCUCUGCAUAUUCCAUUCACUCAUUUCCGCAUCCGCCUUCCACCUACAUCGGUGCCAUGGUUUUAACUCCGAGUAUCAUCGUCUUGGUAUCAUGCACCGACAAGUUGCACUACAGUCGCUCCAAAUGGUCUUGAUGAAAGAGAUACCUGUGCUUGACUAUAAGACUCUUUUGGUCGCACUUCUUUCUAUGGUCACAAUUGGAGUGAUGGAAGGAAGUAUCAUCGAUUUCCGUAUUCAUCUUCAAGGAAUAUCUAAUAUUCAAGGUCCUCGCCGCAAAUGGCAACAAAUCACCGCAGGCACUCGUCAGCUAAACACUCAAAGUGCAUUUUUGAAUCUUCUUGCCCGCACUACCUCUCCUUGUACUCCAUCACCCUGGGAUGGAAGCAGACCAUCGCGGCACCAGGGACACAGUAGUCUGACCACAACCAAUAGCCGCUCCUACUGCUAUGAGUUCACAUACGGGGUCACAGCUGAUAUUGCAGCUGCGAUCCAGGAAACCACUAGUCUGUACGAGUGCUUAGAAUUUUAUCGCCAGGCCCAAGAAUCCGCCCCGGAUGAUCUUCUCCAAGCAUGUGAAGAUCUUGGCAAUCGGCUGCUUUCUUGGACCUUGGGCUCCGAUAAGAUUCCCGCUUUCAACGACAAGCGUGCGAAGGAAUUCGAUAUCUUCAAACACCAUUCCCACGCAUGGCAUGGCGCCGCCAUGAUAUUCUACCUAAAUUGUAUCCAAGGUGCCAAAGCUCCAGACUUGGUAGAUGAGGUUGCCACGGUUGCCUCUCAUAUGCUCGCUGUUGAAGAAAUCAAAUCGAGGCGUGUUGCCAACCAGAUGGCUCCAGUCACUUGGCCGGCCUUUAUAGCAUCAUGCUGUGCAUUUGAUCGAGAGCCUUGGGAAACAUGGUGGUUGGAUGUGCAAAAGUACGGCAUAGGGAGUAUUCGAAGGCAGUAUAGUAUUGUGCAGGAAAUAUGGUCUGAAUUGGACACUCACCCAUCUGAGGGGUGGUUGCAGAUUCUCGAUCGACGGAAGAUUCAGGUGCUAGCUGUCUGA